AUGUCCGAAGUAAAGGUUACAACUGAUAUUAUCACAUUGACAAGACAUGUUCUUGAUGAACAACAUAAACACAAAGAUACAGGUGGCGAUUUGACCACAUUGUUAAAUGCAAUUCAACUUGGUUGUAGAUUUGUAGCUACUAAUGUUAGAAAAGCUAGACUUUGA